ACCGCGGUUCCGAGGUAUAGUCUCUGCACUCGCCUCCGGUUCCAGCUGCGACUCACAUUCUCCCCAGACCCCGAGGAUGCGGGUUGUUAUGCCCCGAACGCUCCUCCUGCUGCUGUCGGGGGCCCUGGCCGUGACCCAGACCUGGGCAGGUGAGUACGGGUUCGGGAGGAAAGGGACUCUGAGGGGCAGGAGCGAAGAAACCGCCCGGCGGGGAAGCGGAACCCCGGGGGAAGCCGACUGUCCACCGCCCGGACCCAGACCUCCACCCGGGCCUCCCCUCCCCCGUCCCUCCCGGACUCCGUCCUGCUGUCCCCUACUCUGGUCCUCCUCCCCCUGCCCUCCCGGCCGACUCCCACUGGGACCCGGGCCCCUCGCGGGGAGGAGGGUCGGGCGGGGUCUCAGCCCCUCCGCGCCCGCAGGCUCCCACUCCUUGAGGUAUUUCCACACCGCGAUGUCCCGGCCCGGCCUCGGGGAACCCCGCUUCAUCGCCGUGGGCUACGUGGACGACACGCAGUUCGUGCGGUUCGACACCGACGCCCCAAAUCCGAGGAUGGAGCCGCGGGCGCCGUGGAUGGAGCAGGUGGGGCCAGAGUAUUGGGACCGGGAGACGCGGAUCGCCAAGGUGCACGCAGAGAUUGCCCGACCGAACCUGCAGACCGCCCUCCGCUACUACAACCAGAGCGAGUCCGGGUCACACAGCAUCCAGAGAAUGCAUGGCUGUGACAUCGGGCCUGACGGACGCCUCCUCCGCGGGUACAGUCAGUUGGCCUACGACGGCGCGGAUUACAUCGCCCUGAACGAGGACCUGCGCUCCUGGACCGCGGCGGACACCGCGGCGCAGAUCACACGCCGCAAGUGGGAGGUGGCUGGUGAGGCGGCGCGCUAUAGGAAGUACCUGGAGGACACGUGCUUGGCGGGGCUCCGCAGGUACCUGGAGAUGGGGAAGGAGACGCUGCUGCGUGCAGAGUCUCCCAAAACACACGUGACCCGCCACCGGAUCUCUGACCAUGAGGUGACCCUGAGGUGCUGGGCCUUGGGCUUCUACCCUGCGGAGAUCACCCUGACCUGGCAGCAUGAUGGGCAGGACCACACCCAGGACACAGAGCUUGUGGAGACGAGACCUGCGGGAGAUGGGACCUUCCAGAAGUGGGCGGCUGUGGUGGUGCCUUCUGGAGAGGAGCAGAGAUACACGUGCCAUGUGCAGCACGAGGGGCUGCCCGAGCCCAUCAUCUUGAGAUGGAAACCAUCCUCUCAGCCCUCCAUCCCUAUCCCGGGCAUCAUUGUUGCUGUGGUUGUCCUUGUGGUCAUUGUGGUGGUUGGAGCUGUGAUCUGGAGGAAGAAGUUCUCAGCAGAAAAAGGACCGAGCUACUCUCAUGCUGCACGCAAUGACAGUAUUCAGGGCUCUGAUUCAUCUCUAAUGGCUCCUAAAGUGUGAGACCCGCUGCCCCUCAGGGACUAAUACAGGAUCUGUUCACACUUGGUGCCAUCGAGAUCCCCUGACUUUCUGCGGAUGGUGUCAGAAUGUGUCUGCGUUCCUAUUAGCAUAUUGUGAGGACACAGGAGACUGCCCCCCCCCGCCCUCCAUGACCCCUCCCCGUACUGAUUCGUGUUCCCUUUCUGACCUGCUUUCCUGUUCCAGCCGAGGAGGGGUGGACCAUCUCCAUCCCCAUCUUUUUUUCAUGUUGGAGUACUGAUGCUUUACUUUCCUAUUGAAAAUGAGAAUCCAGAUAUGAAUUUAUGUUUUGUAAUUCUUGGUAUGUGGGCAUGAUGAGGUAAUAAAAGAGAGGAUUUGUAUGGUUGGAACAGAAAAUAAAUGAAAGCACUGAGAACCUUA